UCCAUAAGAGCAAUCGAGACAAAUUCCAUUUCAGAUACUCACAAGUUAAAUACAUAUUGGAUCGUUUUCUCAUUGAUCUUGCUCUUUGAACAUGCUUUUAUGAAGCUGCUUGAAUGCUUCUCCCUCUGGCCAUACAUGAGGCUGCUGAUUGUCUUCUAUUUGGUGAUACCACAUUUUGACGGUGCCUUGUAUGUCUAUAAACACCUUAUCUGUCCAUGUCUCUCCAUGGAUCCUCAAAUUAUUUUUAGCUUGUUCAAAAUGCGGAAGGAGUCCUUGGUGAGAGAAAACUUUCUAUCUGAGGUGGAGAGAUAUGUAAAGGAAAAUGGAUAUGAAGGUUUGGAAAAGUUUAUCUCUAGCAAGUCGACGAAAUCAAAUAUUGAUGGAAACUUAAAGGCAGUUUCAACCAUGGAUAAUGACGAGCCAAAUGGUGGACAGAAUGAUAUCAAAGCUGUGCAGAUACUGGUGAAAAAGAAGGAAACAACUGCUAACCAAGUUAGUGAGGCAGAGCCUAUUCUCACUGUGAAUAAAGAUAGAUCUUCUGCUAUGCAAAUAAAAGAAAAAACCGUUGAGGUUGCAGCAGACAGAAGAAUUCUGGAGACUCCGCCUUCAAAGAAAGUCCAAAAGGAGUUGACCGCAGUCAGUGUGCUAGCAACUCAAACUGAUGCAAAAAACAUUGAGGUUGCAGCAGACAGAGGAAUUCUGAAGACUCUGCCUCAAAAGAAAGUCCAAAAGGAAUGGACUGCAAUCAGUCCGUUACCAACUCAAACUGAUGCAAAAACCAUUGAGGUUGCAGCAGAAAGAGGAAUUCUAAAGACUCCGCCUCCAAAGAAAGUCCAAGGGGAGUUGACCGCAGUCUGUCCACUGCCAAUUCAAACUGAUGCAACUUUUGAUUUCCCUCUCGGUGGUAAUAUACACAAGGCUACAUAUGAGGCAGUGAAGAUAAACAAUGAGGCAAAGCCUAAUCUCACUCUUACUGAAAACCAUACUGUUCCAACUGUGAAAAUUAAUGAAAAGCCAGUUGAAGUUGGAAUAGGUAUGGAACAUCCCCAGUCACCUAAACAAGUCCAGAAAGAGUGGACUUGUGCUCUCUGUCAGGUAACCACGACAUGUGAAACAAAUUUGAAUUCCCACCUGCAAGGGAGGAAACACAAGGCUUCAUAUGAUGCACUGAAAGCAAGGAACCAGGCAUUUGUGCCAACGAUUGCCCCAGCUUCAACUGCAAAGACAUCUGAUCAACCAAAUAAGGAGCCAGAAAAGAGUAUUCCAAGCAGAGGACUGAAACAAAAAGUUACUUCGAAUGAACAUGUGCAAGCCCAGCCAAAAUUUAGUCCACUUACGAAGCUCAAUAAACCGAAAGAGGCGCUAGUAGAUUGCGUAUCCAGCAAUGGCCUGAAGGGGAAAAUUGCUAUACAUCUGGACAAGGUACAAAGUCAACAACCGAAGCCGAAUUCCUCUUUGUGGUGCGCACUUUGUAGCAUACGCUGCGCUGGUGAGACUGACAUGAUGUGUCAUCUCAAGGGAAGGAAACACAAUGAGAAUGAACAACGACAAGAGAACCUAAUCAAGGUUGCAGAGAUGAAUAAGCCCCGGGGCAUUUGUGAUACCGCGACAGGCGAGUUUGACAUUUUCUGGUAAUUUUGACAUGGUAUAUCAUCUUGAAUAAAGUAAUUGCCGCCAUAGUUUAUCACCAGAAAUGCAGGUUCUGGAGAGAGAUGCUUAAAAUAGAUAUAUUCUGAUUUAUUUUUGUUUGUUAAGCAACUGAAAAGACAUUUCCUAGAUCCUUGUAUUCCUGGUGUUAUCUCAAGAUAGGAUUGUGAGAAAGAAACAUGAUCUGUUUAAAUCAUGUUAUAUGAUCGACAGGAGUUGCAUCGGUUUUAAAGGCUAACAAUCUAACACUGAUGUUCAGGUUGUGUUAUA